ACAAUUUCCACCAAAAAUGGCGCUUUCAUGAUUUAUCCAACCGCUUCACUCCUGUUUCAUGCACGUGUUGCUCGGGGACAUCAACGACAUUGUACAGUACAUUUAUGAUCUGUGAAAUCUGCCUGGACUGAUGGAAGAUGGAGUGGCUGUGCGCUCGCAGCGUGGCCGGCGCGGACCCCGAUACGAAGGCGAAGAUCUGUCCCCGACGACGAACCUUGAGCUGAGAGGAUUUUAUGCGUAUGGCCUGGCUGCUGAGGUCUACGCAGUAUGCGGUAUUGGUUCAUUUGUUCCCGUGACUUUGGAGCAGCUGGCAAGAGAAGGAGGAGUGCUAUGGUCAGAUAAGAAGACGCCGUGCAUUGCAAAGACUACUGGGAAAGGAGCCGCUGCUCUAGCUGCGCGAUUGCUCACGAGAGCCACUUCCACCGAUAAUAACCAAUGUGUUGUUCAUGUGCUGGGAGCUGAGCUUACCACCUCGAGCUUUGCAAUGUACACAUUUUCCCUGGCCGUUUUCACUCAGGCUCUUGCACUGGUAUCUUUCAGUUCAAUUGCAGACCAUGCAACGUACAGGAAGAAGCUCCUCGUGGCAUUCGGGUUCACGGGUGCCAUAUCCUCAAUGAUGUUCAUCUUCAUUGUACCACAGAUUUUCGUUCUUGGAUCACUUCUGACCAUUGUUGGAGUGACGUGUCUUGGCUCCUCUUUUGUCAUCCUCAACUCGUACAUCCCACUACUGGUGGCAAACCACCCGCAGACUUACGGGGAUGGGGACCAUGACAUGAACGAAGCAUCAUCCGUACCCCUAGAACCCCUUUCUCCGGGCCUGCGGCGCCGAGAAUCAUCAGAGCGUCGAGAUUUUCACACCACCACUCACUCGUCUGGACCUCAGAAGAGGGACUCACCCGCGCUCAUGCUUUCGACGCAAAUCUCUUCGAAAGGAGUCGGUAUCGGCUACAUGGCAGCCGUCUCAGUCCAAAUUAUUUGCAUACUGAUCCUAUUUGCUAUGUCGAAGUUGACUGUCUCCUCAACCCUCGCUCUCAGAAUCGCUCUCCUCUUCGUCGGGAUCUGGUGGUUCGUCUUCACAAUUCCUGCCUCACUCUGGCUCAAAGACCGCCCCGGUCCACCCCUCAAAACCGGGAUCUCAGGAGGAAGAAUAAGUUGCUGUCUAGCAUACACAUCCUUUGCCUGGUCUUCACUCUGGAAGACAAUAAAAGUGGCCGCUAAACUCCGCCAAGCAGUCAUCUUCCUCAUCGCUUGGUUCCUCCUCUCCGACGCCAUUGCCACCGUAUCUGGAACCGCAAUCCUCUUCGCCCGAACAGAAUUGCGAAUGGGAACUGUCGCCAUUGCUAUCCUCUCCAUCACCGCCACCGCGUCAGGAAUAGCAGGCGCUUCAAUCUGGCCCAUCCUCUCCCGCCGCUUCGGCUGGAAAACAAAUCACACGCUCGUCGCUUGUCUCUGCUUCAUGGAAAUUGUUCCAUUGUACGGCCUCCUCGGCUACCUCCCAUUCUUCCAAUCCUUAGGUUGGGGUGGCCUACAACAAGCUUGGGAAAUCUAUCCCCUUGGCUUUAUCCACGGUUUCGUCAUGGGCGGAAUCUCCUCGUACGCACGCUCAUUCUUCGGGCGUCUAAUUCCGCCUGGAAGUGAAGCAGCAUUUUACGCCUUGUUUGCCAUCACUGACAAGGGUAGCUCGGCCGUGGGACCGGCGAUUGUGGGUGCCAUUGUUGAUGCGACGGGGACGAUCCGGCCCGCGUUCUUCUUUCUGGCGGUGUUGAUUGCAGUUCCUGCUCCGCUGAUUUGGAUAGUGGAUGUUGAGCAAGGACAAGUUGAUGCUGUGAGGUUGGCUGGCAUUAUGAAGAAGAGUGGUCGGGAUGAUGAGAUUGAUGGGAAUGACGAGGGGCUGCAGGAGGCAGAGGGGUUGAUGAGGGAUCAUGAGUAGGUCGCUCAGUAUACGUGACACAUUCAGAUAUUGGAUACCCACAUAACAACCUUCUUCUUCUGUUCUUACUUCCCGAUUCCCCCAAAAGAGAACAAUAACUUGACAUUUCUCUAUGUAAACCUUUCAACCCAC